AUGACUCUGGCUGUCGUCUGUGUCACCCAUGGCCAGGGACUAACAGAUCCUCUCCAACGGUUUAAAAGGUCUGAUCCAAAUGAGCCGGGAAGCUGUGGGUCCAGGUCCAGACAGCCUUUGUUCAGGGGAAACUCCAAUAAUUUCACAAUAGAUCUUCGAAUGCCGAGAAUUGUUCCUCCUCAUUCCGACUCUUAUUUGUGCAUGGCUUUUCCUGUGCCAACAAAACAAGAUCUCUACAUCGUGGACUUUACUCCUUAUGCCAGUAUGGACACAGUUCAUCACAUGCUUCUGUUUGGUUGCCAAACCCCGGUCUCUACAACUGGCUACUGGGACUGUGGCGGCGCUCAAGGAACUUGUGAAGAUGCUGGCUCCAUUAUGUACGCGUGGGCUCGCAACGCACCUGCAACCAAACUACCAAAAGAUGUUGGGUUUAGAGUUGGAGGCCAUACAAGAGUAUCAUACUUUGUACUUCAAAUGCAUUAUGGGGAUGUUACUGCUUUUAGAGAUCAACACAAGGAUUGCUCAGGGCUCUCUCUGACUCUGACAACUAAACCGCAGCCAUUUAUAGCUGGUAUCUAUCUUCUGAUGACAGUAGAUACAGUCAUUCCUCCUGGAAACAAGGUCACAAAUGCAGAUUCAGCUUGUGAUUACACCUCACCGCCCAUGUACCCGUUUGCCUUCAGGACCCACACCCACCGCCUCGGAAAAGUGGUGAGUGGCUACAGGGUCAGAGACGGCAAGUGGACUUUGAUUGGGAGACAAUCGCCCCAGCUUCCACAGGCUUUUUAUUCUGCUAAUAAAGGUGUGGAUAUUCAGAACGGCGAUACUAUUGCUGCUAGAUGCGUUUUUACUGGUGAAGGCAAAAGCUCUGAAACGAGAAUUGGUGGCACUUCAGAUGAUGAGAUGUGCAAUUUCUACAUAAUGUACUACAUGGACCGGACAGAUGCCAUCCCUUUCUUCACCUGCAUGAAAACAGGCUCUAAUGAAUUGUUCCAGGAAAUCCCAUCUGAGGCCAAUAUCCCCAUUACUGUGCCUUCAAACCUAAUGCAUUCUAUGAUGCAUAUGGGACAUUCAGAUCACCAAGAUGGAGCACCUGAAGAUGCUGCUCGGAGUCUGGACCGAGGUGACCUGUAUUCACUAUAUUCAAAGCUUUUAGGGCACAGCAAGAAUUUAGGUUUUUUCCAUAAGUUCAGCCCCAGCAAAAUGCUUAGACACCAGGACGAGCUGGUGGCGCACAUUAGAAACAUAAUGCUCAGCAAGGAGCUUGGCUCUCCCAGUGGUAAACUAAUCUACAGAGCCAGGGAAGAUCCCGUUUUGGUGAGGGACAGAGUCCACAAAUUCCAUCAGCUUGAGGAUAUUCCAAAGCCGCUACGAAGCAAGCUGCUAGCUGAAGGACAAGAUUAUCAUUUGGAGCAAGUGAUAAAUUGGCCACAGGGACUUCUUCUAACGGGACAGGUGACAGGACUCGCCAUAGAUUCUAACUCAAACCUGGUCAUUUUCCAUCGUGGUGACCACUACUGGGAUAACAAAUCUUUUGAUUUGGAGGAUCGAUACCAGCAGAAAAUUCUCGGACCAAUUCAGCAAUCCACCAUUUUGGUUCUGGACACUGUAAAAGGCGACAUCUUAAAGGCGUCCGGCAGAAGCAUGUUUUAUUUGCCCCAUGGAAUGACUACAGACGGAGAUGAUUACUGGGUAACCGAUGUUGCGCUUCAUCAGGUGUUUAAAGUGAGCGGCGAUGGCAAAGACCAAAUACUUCUUAGUCUGGGAGAGGCUUUUGUCCCUGGAAGUGACCAUGACCACUUCUGCAAACCCACUGAUGUCGCAGUGGACACUCAAAAUGGAAACAUUUUUAUAUCCGAUGGCUAUUGCAACGCCAGGAUACUCAAGUUUUCUGCAGAUGGAACGUACUUAUCUCAGUGGGGCGCAGGGUACUCCGACAGGCGGCGGCGCGUGCCCUUCAGAAUACCCCACAGUCUGGUCUUCCUUCCCGACAGACGUGAAGUGUGCGUCGCCGACCGGGAAAACGGACGCAUCCAGUGCUUCAUCGCUGAAACUGGGGAGUUUGUCAAAGAAAUCAAGAAGGAGGAAUUUUCUGGCGAAGUCUUUGCAAUCGCGUACAGCCCUGUCGAAGAUGGGCUGAUCUAUGCUGUUAAUGGAAAGUCUUCGUUUGGCCUCUCUGCACCGCUGCAGGGUUUUGUCAUCAAUUAUUCUACGAAGGAUAUAAUAGACACGUUCCAGCCUGACAACAAGGACUUUAUUAUGCCACAUGACCUCGUAGUGACAAAAGAUGGCAGUGUCUUUGUUGGAGAUGUAGGAACAAAGGCUGUGUACAAAUUUACAUCUGAGAAAGCUCACCGUUCUGUCAAAAAAGCUGGGAUCGAGGUGCAGGAGCUUGAAGAAGUGGAGGCAUUUGUACAAGCCAAACUCAAACCAGAGGCCAAAGUGAGAAUAGAAUUUAAACCCGAAAGUCCGAUUGUUGGGUCAAAGACGCCGGCCGUGGUUCACCAAACGCAGAAAAUGGUUCUGGACACGGAGCAGAAGGAGGAGGUGAAGCUGGACAAGGACCAGAGCGUGUUUCCUGUCGUCAUGACCACCCUGCUGCUUGUGCCGCUGCUUUUGGUCGUCAUCAUUGCGAGUGUGAUCUGCUACAGGAAGAGAAAUCAAUUUGAGGUGAAAUCAGAACCAACCUCAGUGGGAGGAAUCUUGGGUAAACUUAGAGGUAAAGCAGUGGGGAGUCUGAACCUGGGAAACUUCUUUGCGACUCACAAAGGCUACAGUCGCCAGGGCUUCGACCAGCUGAGCACGGAGGGCAGCGACCAGGAGCGGAUCGACGAGGACACGAGUGACUCCGAGAACGAGGAAUACUCUGCGCUGCCCCCGCCACGCACCUCCUAA